CCUUAUAUAAAUAUUAUAUUCCUACUGGUCAUAACAGUCUAGUUCUAUAAAAUUAUUUGUUUUGAGUUCCGUUAAUAUAGUGUUUAUAUUUAAAAUGGAAUAUUAUACAAAAACAUUGUACUUCCUAAAAAGGAAAAGGCAAAUAGAAGACGAGCAUAAUUAUCCCAAAAGACAAAAAAAUAUUGUGCAAACUAUAGAUGAGGAUGAUGUACUUCUAAUUGAUUCGGAUUACAGAUUUUCCGAUGAGGAAGACAAUAUCGAAUAUCGUGAUCUAUUAAAUAAAAAAACACCCAAGGAGAACGAAAUUAUUAGAUCUUCUAUAGUCGACCUCACCGGAGAUGACGAAGCCGGAUCAAUUAUUUCAAUCACAAGCUCAGUUGAGGAAUCUUCAUCUGAUGAAGAUAAUGAUGAUGAUGAUUUCAGUAGCACAUCAAAUACUAAUGAUUCUUAUAGCGCACACGAUAUAAUUGAUCCGACUGUAGAAGAUGACGACAUUAUAUCAAUCACAAGCUCAGUUGAGGAAUCUUCAUCUGAUGAAGAUAAUGAUGAUGAUGAUUUCAGUAGCACAUCAAAUACUAAUGAUUCUUACAACGUACACGAUAUAAUUGAUCUGACUGUAGAAGAUGAUGACAUUAUAUCAAUCACAAGCUCAGUUGAGGAAUCUUCAUCUGAUGAAGAUAAUGAUGAUGAUGAUUUCAGUAGCACAUCAAAUACUAAUGAUUCUUACAACGUACACGAUAUAAUUGAUCCGACUGUAAAAGAUGACGACAUUAUAUCAAUCCACCGGAAGGAAUGUAUCCGAGAGGCAUUCGAGACGUAUUCGCAAAACUAUACAGAGAAGAAGGACUGAAAGCAUUGUACGCCGGUGUAACGCCAGUUAUGCUCCGAGCAUUCCCUGCUAAUGCCGCUUGCUUUUUGGGCGUAGAGUUUGGAUU